AUGGCUUCAGACAAGAUGGACCGCGGCCUCGACGAAAUCAUUGCAGACAAGCGCAGCAAUGGAUCUCGAAACCGACGCGGCGGCGACCGUCGUCGCGACCGUCAAGACUAUCCCCGUGACGGGGUGAAAAAGUCUCUCCGGAACGAACCUCGAAACCUGGAUAGCGAAUGGGUUCAUGAUCGAUACGAAGAGAACACAUAUCGCCAAAGAGGCCCUGCACCGCGUCGCAGGCGCGAGUCUCCUAGCGGCGGAGAUGUCCGGGGCACCCGUCUCCGAGUAGAGAACAUCCACUACGAUCUCACCGAGGAAGAUCUCGAUGAACUCUUCAGAAGAAUUGGUCCCAUUACCAAGCUGCAACUUCGCUACGACCGGUCUGGGCGGUCCGAGGGUGUGGCUUUCGUGACUUAUGAAAGCAGCAGCGACGCCGCUGAAGCCGUGAGGCAGUUCGAUGGCGCAAACGCAAACGGCCAGCCCAUUCGUUUGACCAUACUGUCAGGUGGUCCUUCUCGAAACCCAUUCGACACUGCCGUUAUGCCCGGCAAGCCUCUGUCGGAGCGCAUCUCUGCUCCUGGCGGCAGAUCUCGAUCGCUCUCUCCUCAUCGCAGAUACGACGAAGAAGAUGCGGCUCGCAGAGGCAUCGAUCGAUACGUUCCGGGAGGCAGCCGCUCUCGAAGCCCCAUGCCGCCCCGUCGUGGCGGCCGUCGCCCUGGUGCUCGACGGGAGGGUGGUGGAAGGGACCAGGACGGUGCUCGUGGUGGUCGGAGUGGUGGAGGAGAUGGCCGUGCUGCACGAACCAACGCGCCGCGACCCAAGAAGACGCAAGAAGAACUGGAUGCCGAGAUGGAGGACUACUUCAACGCCAACGGCGGGGCGGCAGAGCCUGCUGCCGAAGCCGCUGCCCAACCUGCUGCUGCGCCCAACGGAGAGGCCGCUGCGCCCGCUAACGCUGAUGACAUUGAUAUGAUCGAGUAA